AUGGUAGAUGUAAAAACAAGUUUAUUUAAUAAUCCAAAGUUGAAAAUUAAUGGUAACCAAAGAAAUAAACCAGAUACAAAUGAUAAUGGAAAUAAAUAUUCUUCAACACAUGUUACCUAUACUACUGGUGUUACUGCCGCUGCUACUACAGCUUUACCACUGCUGCUCCUAAAACUGCCUACACCAUCCCAUAUAUUCUGUGGAGAUUACCAAUACCUUUGGCAUCAUUACAUUUAA